ACUCGGUGCCCAUGUCGGACAUGUCUCUGUCUCCCAGCAGCAAUUAUAUGUACACUUCUUGGAAUUCUGAUCCAUCAGGCAUGCAGGAUCUCCAUCAGCACACAGAGCAGGAGAGGAUCCCCUUGGUAUCUAUUAAAGCACACAGGCAGAAUAUAAAUGAAAUGGGGCCACAGUUGAGUGAGUCACCAUCUGAGUAUGCUAUGAACUACUGCCCUCAGAGGACUCUCACUCCCCAGAUGAUGUACCACCAAAGAACGCCUCCCUCUGAGCCAGGAAUGGUUUUCAAUGAACAUCCGACAAUGCCUUUAGAGUUCAGUAAUCCAGAGUUGGCCAUGCCCUAUUGGGGGAGCCUUAGGACACCCACCAGUAGGCCACUGGUCUCAGCUCUCAGUGGAAUCCCAAUGAUGUCCCAUAGUAGGGCACCAACAAUGCAUUAUUUGGACUACCUAACUUCUAACAGAGACUCUACAACAUACCAGAUGUUCUCUGCCUCAAACAUGCCUUUUGAAGAGACCCAGGUGAUGCUCCCUGGUACAAAUCAGGUGUUUCCCACUAGUAAUCCUGAUUAUUCUGGGAUGCUUCCAGCUGAGUCUCCAUCAUUGCUGGCUUUAGGAUCCUAUAGUGAUUAUCUGAGCCAACCAGUCUUCCAGGAAUACUCAUUCCUACCUGGACAACCUAGACCUGCUUCCCAGAGUGGAGAGCAGGCAAGUGCUGAAAGGAGAGACUCCCCACCUUUGAGGCCUUACAGCUGCCACUAUGAGAACUGUGGGAAAGCCUAUACUAAGAAAUCACACCUUGUGAGUCACCUGCGUAAACACACAGGUGAGAGACCCUAUAAAUGCAACUGGAAAGGUUGCCUGUGGUCUUUCAUGCGUUCUGAUGAGCUUGGACGCCAUAUGCGGAUCCACAAUAAGAAUCGACCAUACAAAUGCCACUGCGGCCGAGAAUUCACGAGAUCUGACCACCUCAGGCAACAUGAAAAGACUCAUCUGCGGGAGUUACUUUCCCUACACCCUCAUUUGGCUGAUCUUCCUGGUCUUGGUCUUUAGGUCAAGCCCCUCAUUUUGGCUUCUCCACCCAGCACUUGCCAGCCUUUGAUCAAUUCAUUCCUUUGGCAGGGCCCAGCUUAUGAGAAGACAGUCUUCUGAAGCUCAGGAACCAUCCAGGGACUCUCUGAACACUGUUGCCUGCCAGGUUUAGCCACAUGAGAAGAUGAAGCCAAGUAGAGACUGGAUUUUUUAAAAAAAUAAUUAAUCUUAUCUGAUACCCUAGCUUGAAACUAUAAUUGCCCCACUUUGCCUGCUACACAAAAUUCAACUUCUUUGUCUUGGUCUGCCCCAGUUUCUAGAACUGGGCUAUGUUUAGAUACUGAACUCACCAUUCACUAGCCUUGGAACCUUGGGAAAAAUGUCUUUGAUUAUUAAGCCUUGUCUUCUGGAGAUGGUAAAAUCAGUCUUGGUCUUAGGCACAGAAUCUGAUUCACUCUCCUCUCUAGUACUUACUAGCCAGUGCCCAGAGCUCCUGUCUCCCACUACUUCCAGGCUUGGCUGGAAUGUACCUCUAGACAUGGGGUUUGACAUCUCAGGCAGCCACCAGCAAUUAAUGCUUUUGGGGGUCAAGCAUGACUUGUGGGAGAUGGGAGCUUAAAUGGCAGAUUAGUUCCUUCUCCCUGAGUUUCAGCAAAAUACUUUCUCCAAAUAGCAGCAAUGGGAAGGCCUCCCAGGUAGCCAGUGGACGCACUUGCUGUGCUUCUUCAAGGCUUGUCAUGAAAUAAGACCCAAACUGAUAUCUCUGCACUUCUUCCCUGUUCCCCUUCAUGACACCUAGGGUUUGUACCUUCCAAUAAAAUGUUAGUACUUA